AUGCUUUGGACAGCAGCAGUGCUCUUGCUUCCUUUCGCGGGCGUCUUGGGAGGCAGGCUCCAGCCCAUAUCACGCGAUGCCUCGAGCCCAACGCUACCGGACCGGAAGCCCUUUGGCUUUGGCUCUCAGGUAACUGGCGGCGGCGCCCCGACGCAGAACAACACGUAUGUUGUCGACAACAUGAUGGACUUCCGCACAGCGUUGGAACUGACUACACCGCGGACCAUCUACGUCAAAGGCGAGCUCAAGGGCAGCCAAAUCAACGAGACCACUACCGGUGACUGCCAGUACUACAUCGACUCGAGCCGGGUGCCCGACUUCAACUUCACUCUCUACGUCAUGGCCUUGAACUCGACAUACACGGAUGCGGUCAAAGCUGCUGAGACGGCAGGCGAGCAGUUUGAGGGCAGGAACGCGACGGAAUACCUUAGCCUGUUGAACAGGCAAAACGGCUGGAGGGGCCAAGCCCAGAAUAUACAGAAAAGCUGGGAGUCUAUCGAUGCGAAGGGCGACGUGACGUUGAUCGGCUGGGACUCGGACGCUUACCUCAACGGCGUGAGCCUGAACUUCAACGGCCAGGAUAACAUCAUCAUCCGAAACCUUCGUAUCUCGCCCCCUCGCGACUGCUUCCCGUCUCCGGAGACGUACCCUUCGAGCUGGAAUGCUCGAUACGACGCGAUAUCCUUUGUGACGACCACCAACGCUUGGCUCGACGGCAACAUCCUGGAAGACGGGCCGGAGCCCGUUGCGCCUGAGCCGUUCCUCUGGGGCUGGCUGGUUGACCGCUACGACGGGCUCUUCGAUGUCGAGGACGGCUCAGACAACAUCACGUUCAGCCACAACAUCAUCGCAAACCACCACAAGAGCCUGCUAUGGGGCGGCGGUGAGAAGGAAGGACCCCGGGAUAUCGGCAAGAUGAAAUUCACAGUCUUCGGAAACCAUUUCGUCAACUCAAUGAGCCGGAACCCGCUGGUCCGCUUUGGCACCGUUUACAUUGCCAACAAUGUCUUCUCAAACUACAACAACAAGGCACCGCUCUACAACACCACAAGACUCGAGAAGAGGGCUGAGUAUACCCCCGACUUCCAAUACGACGUGGGCCUCUACAACAUGUCAUCUGUCUUGAUGUCAGGCAACUACUUCGACCAGACCGGGCAAUUCCCAGACGACGAGUCCAGAAUCUUCACAUUCAGCGACCUCGCCACGCCCGAAAAUCCAGCCACCCUCUGCUCCCCACCAGACCUGUCCGCCGAGGAGAUCGCAGCGUACCCCGGGUUGGAAAGCCUGGCCGCGCCUGCCAGCCAGCUGAACGGCAGGGACGUCAACCUCACGGAGAACGUGGCCGACAAGUUCAGUUACUACCUGACCACCAAGGACGACUCCGUCGAGGGUGGGCUGGUGCAGAGCUGCGCCAAGUUUGGCGAGCAGGCGAUGCCUCGAUCUUUUGAGUCCGGGGCGGAUGUCCUGACGUACGUGAGCGAGAAUGCUGGACAGUUGGGGAGGAACAAGCCAUAA